UUUUUGUUUAGGAAACAUUAUACAAUGCUAGUAUACGUACGAAGCAGUACAUGCAAAGUGGAAAGAAAUAUGAUAGUUAUGGAAAGUAUACAACUCUUGGUAUUUGUAUUAUAAUGACAGUCAUUGUCUCUUUCCUUGUUAUUGGAUUGUUUUUUGGGAUCUGUGGUUAUCAAAAUAGUAGACCACCAACAAAAAGAACAACUAUGUCAAAUGUAGGUGGACAUUUUUUGUUGAUUUCUGUUACCUGGAUGUUCAUCUUUUCUGGUAUCUUCAUGCUGUUCACAAUAAUUCUGUUUUUAUUUGGUAGUAUCACAGAUACAUAUGUCUGUCAGCCAUUAUAUGAUAAAAAAUUGAUUAUGGUGAAUAAGGUAAGACAUUAUUUUUGAAAAAUGUAUAUAUAAAAUAAAAAGAUGUUAAUAAA